UGUUACAGCAAUUUCCACGUUACAUUCCCAUUCAUGUAGACUUUACAUUAUUUGUUAUCGAAGCCCUACCCAGCUUCCUUUUUGAAAUGUAUUGUGCAUGUUUAAAUAAUUAAAAUUAUGUUUUUUGCCUGUAGGCCUAGCAUGUCAGGCCCCCACCUGCUGAAAAAGGGCAAAGAACACAGGAAGAUGGACGUGCACAGAGAUUUCACUGUUGCCUCCCCAGCUGAGUUUGUCACUCGCUUUGGAGGAAACCGCAUUAUAGACAAGGUGCUGAUUGCUAAUAAUGGCAUUGCUGCAGUUAAAUGCAUGCGUUCAAUUCGACGCUGGUCCUAUGAAAUGUUCCGUAAUGAGAGAAUCAUUCGCUUUGUGGUGAUGGUCACACCUGAAGACUUGAAAGCCAAUGCAGAAUACAUUAAAAUGGCUGAUCACUAUGUGCCAGUCCCCGGUGGCCCAAAUAACAACAACUAUGCCAAUGUUGAGAUGAUUGUGGAUAUAGCCAAAAGGAUUCCAGUGCAGGCGGUUUGGGCUGGAUGGGGUCAUGCUUCUGAGAACCCCAAACUACCAGAGCUUCUUCAUAAAUCAGGGAUAUCUUUCCUAGGACCAUCCAGUAAAGCCAUGUGGGCAUUAGGAGACAAGGUGGCAUCUUCCAUCGUUGCUCAGAGCGCAGAAAUCCCCACCCUGCCCUGGAGUGGAAUUGCUCUAAGGGUUAAAUGGGCAGAAGAACAAAGGCAUGGCUGUGUGAUCAGUGUUCCACCUGAAAUUUAUGUGCAGGGCUGUGUUAAAGAUGUGGACGAGGGUCUAGCGGUGAGUUUUCACUACAGAAUCAGGUGUGGAAUUCAGACAUCGGUGUUAAG